AUGCUCCUCCAUGAAGCUAUUCGCUCCCUACCGAUGCGAGAUGGGGAGAUUCCCCCGGAAGAUGCGCAAGCAAAUACAGUCGAUCUCGCGACACGAAGGCUGCCUGAUUUUGUGUCUGUCACUCGUGGGCCAGGCAUGCGCAGUAAUCUCUUCACGGGUCUUGAUACCGCCAAGGGACUCGCUGUAGCAUGGCAGAAACCUCUGGUCGGAGUCCACCACAUGCAGGCUCAUGCGCUUACGCCACGCAUGGUCAGCGCCCUCGAAGCCCACACCGAGCCUGAACACAGCGGCAUCUACGAUUCGACGUCGAUACAAACCACGCCAAAGUUCCCGUUCCUAUCUAUCCUCGCCUCAGGUGGUCAUACGCUGCUCAUACACUCGGCGUCUAUGGCGGACCACCGCGUGCUGGGCUCUACUAAUGACAUUGCUGUGGGAGAGUGCUUGGACAAGAUCGCUCGUGUAGUGCUGCCUACAGCGUUACUGGAAACAUCAAAGAGCACCAUGUAUGGAGCGCUCCUCGAGGCAUUUGCGUUGCCCGAUCGCUCCCGCAAGUCAAUAUCUGGCGACGCAUCAACUCACGUAACGAAGCCACCAACUUAUUCAGCCAAGACAUACUUGGAUGCUCAUGGACACCUAUACGAUUGGUACGAAGUUCCUCUGAAUCAUGAAGACGCCAUGCAGAAGAGCGCGACAAAAUGGGGCUGGGCACUCAAUCGGCCCUUGACUAAAUCAGGUGGAGGUGUCAAGAUCAACAGUCUUGAGCUGAGCUUUUCAGGUAUCACGACAAUGGUUGAGCGCAUCGUUCGGUUUGGUAUGGACACCGUCACUAGAAAAUUCAACAAAGUCGAGCGAACGGCGGCAGACGUUAGCCUUGAAGAGCGCAUGGAUCUUGCACGUGAGACCAUGCGCGCAGCUUUUGAGCAUGUCGCUUCCCGAGUAGUUCUAGGCUUGCAGACUCAAGAAGAUGCUCUAGCCGUGCCUGCGGUUGUCAUGGCUGGUGGCGUGGCUGCCAACUCGUUUCUCCGGCACAUACUUGCGAAGACGCUUUGCGCCCAUGGUUAUCCGGACGUUGAGUUGCAUUUUCCACCGCCCAAGUUCUGCACCGACAACGCUGCAAUGAUAGGUUGGGCUGGUCUUGAGAUGUAUGAAGCGGGUCACGUCUCCCCACUCAGCAUAAGAGCAAUACGCAAGUGGCCUCUGGACAAGCUAUUGGACCCCCCGGCGGACGGGUAA